AGACGACCCCUUAAUGAACAGGACAUUACAAAUAACAAAGUCUGCACAUUAUUUGGAAAAACGAAGGAUAAACAACGUUUUUGGAUAAAUAUCUCGGUUUGACAUAUACUUGAAUAGUCAAGGAAGCAAAAGAUACUAAAAUAUUGAAUAAAAACUAUCUGAAAUACUUGUAAUUUGGAUGGAUAUUUUAUCACAUUUUGUGGAUUUCAAAUAAGUUGGAACUGAUCCAGUUUUUGACUUUACACAUAGCUCACAUAAAUAUAGUGACACAUAAAACAUAUAGUGUAUUGGAACCACAUAAAACAUUUACAACAGUUAAUUACUAAUAUUGAACACUGUAAGGGACCUUCUCAAGAUGCCUAUAAAUAGAAGUUUGACUCUAAAAUGCUCACUGAGAGACACUAACUAUGCUAAGGAAGGAGACAUCCUCCAAGCAUUAGGAACCAUGGAUAUUACCGAAAAUGACAUUGAAGCUAUCCAAAUCAAUAGGAGAGACAUACAUAUAACUUUUGCAAAUAAAGAGGCAAAAACUGCAGCACAGACGUUAGGUCUGAACUUCAAUGGAACUUUCAUUAAUCUAUAUGAUGUUGAGAAUAACACUGUGAAUGUAACAUUGAAGGACAUACCCGUACAGUUAUCAGAUGGUGUCAUUAACGCAUAUCUGGAAGGUUAUGCAACAGUACUGAAUGAAAUACAUCAUGGAUAUGUGAAAAAACCUGAUGGAACGAAAACGAAGAUAAAAAAUGGGAUACGUUAUAUAACAGUAGUGGAUAUCAAAGAGCCUAUCCCCAGUGAUCCAGUCAUAGCUGGUUUUAGAGGCAGACUCUCCUACAAUGGUCAGCCAUGCAGGAUAUGCCAACUUGUUGAACAUCCCUGGUGGAGAUGCCCUCUAAAAGAUGUACGGAAAUGCUACAACUGUGGGAGCACAUCCCAUGUCAUUUCUGCAUGUACUGCACAAGCAGAAAAAGUCAACCAACCUGUGAACAAUGAUGAAGAAAAGGAUGAAGAAAAGGAUGAAGAAAAAGAUGAAGAAAAGGAAGACCAAGGUGAACAUAAACAGAAAAAGACUAUACUAGUUGGAGGAUCCUUAGCCAAAGGGAUCAGCAAUCAAGAGAAAAGCUUCAUACCAUCAUGCCAAAGUGGGGCAAAAAUUGAAGAUAUACCAGGCCUAUUAGUGAAAAUACCAGCACAAACAGAUGAGGUCAGCAACAUUGUCAUCCAAGUUGGAAGUAACAAUGUUGUCUACAAUGGAGAAGCUCCGGAACUAUGUUUAGAAAAAUAUGAUAAGGUAGUGAAGGAUAUACAUGUCAAAUUUCCUGAUUCCAACAUCAUGAUAUGUAGCAUCCCUCCUACAUUCACAC